CGUCCUGCCUAGGCGGAAAGUUUCCGAGAGUAGCGCGGGAGCUGAGAAGUUGGAGGCUCGGUUUCAUCCGGGGAAGGCCUUGAGCAGUUUGUUCCGCUGUCUUCCUGCUUCCCGGUUCCCCGACUGCGUCCCCACGAACUCCCCGUCUUUACCGCUUGCUGCUGUGGAGUGCCUCGCUGUCUCCCAGGUCCCCGAGUUCCUGGUUUCAGAGAAGAUGACCGAAGAACUGGAUUUCCUGGGACAGGACUCUGAUGAGGGUAGUGAGGAAGUGGUCCUAACUCCUGCAGAGCUCAUUGAAAGGUUGGAGCAGGCCUGGAUGAAUGAAAAGUUUGCCCCUGAGCUGCUGGAGAGCAAGCCUGAGAUUGUAGAAUGUGUCAUGGAACAACUGGAGCACAUGGAAGAAAAUCUCAGGAGAGCCAAAAGGGAGGACCUGAAGGUCAGCAUCCACCAAAUGGAGAUGGAGAGGAUCCGCUACGUCCUCAGCAGCUACUUGCGGUGUCGCCUCAUGAAGAUAGAGAAGUUUUUCCCUCAUGUCCUUGAGAAGGAGAAAACCCGGCCCGAGGGGGAGCCUUCCAGCCUCUCCCCGGAAGAGUUGGCCUUUGCCAGAGAGUUCAUGGUGAACACAGAGACCUAUCUGAAAAAUGUCGCCUUGAAGCACAUGCCCCCUAACUUACAGAAGGUGGACCUCUUUCGGGCAGUUCCCAAACCAGAUCUAGAUUCUUACGUGUUUCUGAGAGUGAGAGAACGACAAGAAAACAUACUGGUAGAACCAGACACAGAUGAGCAGAGGGACUACGUGAUUGACCUGGAAAAGGGCUCACAGCACUUGAUCCGAUACAAAACCAUUGCACCUCUGGUUGCAUCUGGAGCUGUCCAGCUAAUUUAAAACUAGGCAUAAACAGCCAGGCAUGGUGGCUCACGCCUGUAAUCCCAGCACUGUGGGAGUCCGAGGCAGGCGGAUCAUGAGGUCAGGAGUUCGAGACCUACCUGACCAACAUGAUGAAACCCCAUCUGUACUAAAAAUAUAAAAAAAUUAGCACCUGUAAUCCCAGCUUCUCGAGAGGCUGGGGCAGGAGGAUCGCUUAAACCUGGGAGCAGGAGGUCACAGUGAGCCGAGAUCGUGCCAUUGCACUCUAGCCUGGGUGACAGAGCGAGACUGUCUC